AAAACUGAAACUCUUCAGUGACAGUUGCAUUGGAGAGAGAGAUGCGGUCCUCCGCAGCACCAAAUUCGUCCCAAAUUCAAGCAACCAAACUAACUAAUUCUCUCUCUAUUCAAAGAUAUUUAAUCUCUGACGGCUCUAUUUAUACCCAUCGUUCUCCCUUCUUUCUUUCAAUUUUCAUAACACCAGAGAUCAUUCCCUGUACACUUUUGACUCUUCGAUUCGAAAAUGGCUGCUUCUACCUUUAACCCUUCUUUCUGCAACUCACGUACUGACCUUAACGACAGCGGUUUUGCGCGUCGAUUGUUGUCUCGGCAGAGCUUUGGUGUUGGGAAAGUAUUAUAUGAGAAUAGAAAUGGAUCAUUGGGUCCUAAGCGAUUCGAAUUGAGCUGUUCUAGAGAGAGAGAAAUGGAUGUUAGUGCGUCUGCUGUGGUUGAAGGGGUUGCUGAAUGCUUUGAUGAUGUGGAGGUGAAGGAGCCCGGUAUUUCGACUAUGUUGAUGAAUGUUACUCAGAAUGAAUCCGAUCCUUUUGCUGCAGUCAGUAGUCCUCUUUACCAGACGGCUACAUUUAAGCAGCCUUCUGCAACAAUGUUUGGUCCUUAUGAUUAUACUAGAAGUGGAAAUCCUACACGUGAUGAAUUGGAAAGGCUACUAGCCAAGCUUGAUAAGGCAUGCCGUGCUUUUUGCUUUACUAGUGGAAUGGCUGCUUUGUCUGCCGUCACACAUCUUGUCGGAACUGGUGAGGAAAUUGUUGCCGGAGAAGACAUAUAUGGUGGUUCUGACCGAUUGUUAUCACAAGUAGUUCCAAAGAAAGGAGUCGUAGUAAAGCGAGUGAAUACAACUGAUCUAAGUGCAGUUGAAUCUGCAAUUGGCCCAUGGACAAAGCUUGUUUGGCUAGAAAGUCCAACAAACCCUCGCUUACAGAUUUCUGAUAUUCGUAAAAUAGCAGAGAUGGCUCAUGCUCAUGGUGCUCUUUUGAUGAUUGAUAACAGUAUUAUGUCCCCUGUAUUGUCACAGCCAUUAGAACUUGGAGCAGAUAUUGUGAUGCACUCAGCAACUAAAUUCAUUUCUGGACACAGUGAUGUCAUGGCAGGUGUUCUUGCAGUAAAGGAUGAAAGCCUGGCAAAAGAGAUAGCUUUCCUACAAAAUGCUGAAGGGUCUGGUUUAGCUCCUUUUGACUGUUGGAUAUGCUUACGUGGUAUUAAGACCAUGGCUUUGCGUAUUGAAAAGCAACAGGAGAAUGCACAAAAGAUUGCUGAAUUCCUCUCCUCUCAUCCCCGGGUGAAGAAAGUUAAUUAUGCUGGUCUUCCUGGUCAUCCUGGGCGAUCUUUACACUAUUCUCAGGCAAAGGGUGCAGGUUCUGUACUAAGCUUUUCGACUGGGUCACUGGAACUCUCAAAGUACACUGUGGAAAAUACUAAAUACUUCAGCAUCACUGUUAGCUUUGGGAGCGUGAAGUCACUCAUAAGCCUGCCUUGCUUCAUGUCCCAUGCGGCUAUACCUGCUGCUGUUCGUGAGUCCAGGGGUUUAACCGAAGAUCUUGUUCGUAUCUCUGUGGGCAUUGAGGAUGCUGAUGAUCUGAUUGCUGAUUUGGACAAUGCAUUGAGAACAGGACCUUUGUGAGGUGUUUAAUUGCCAUUUGAUGUCUCAAUAUCCUGUUUUAGUUAGGUAACCAUAAAUUGUUAGGCACGAAACAUUACAAGUGGUUUGAUUUUUAUGAAUCAAAAAUAGAAAAGGAAAUAAUAGGUUAUUGUUCUUUCAAUUCUUCUGUUCAGAGUUCUCCGUGCAUUGUAGUCUGAUAGAUGAUUUAAAUCAUGGUUGGCAAAGGUUACUAGAUUAACCACAAUCACCAAUGAUGUUUCUGAGUCGAAA